AUGACACAAGAAGAAGUAAAAGAGGUAAAACCCACAAAAGAAGUCAAAGAAGUUAAAGAAGCAAAGGAGAGUGACAUGUUGAGUGACAAGUUUCUAAGUUUUAAAAUUACUUUUAGCUCUGCGUACGUUCCAGACAAAGAGUAUGAGGACGCAAAGCAAAAGUUACGCCAAAUGCAGAACGAAUUCACUUCGAUGCUAAAGGACUUUGAAAAAUUGCCCACAACGGCGGCUGCCCUUGCAGAUGGUAAUUUGAGUCUUGUCAAAUCGAUGCAGAAGUGCAUUUGGAUGUCAGGUAAUGAAGGCACGGCAACCACCCAAUUAAUGAAUGCCACACAAGCUUUUCAAGACAUGAAAAUUCAGACAAAGAAGUUCGAGAAUAAAUUACACGACCAGCUUCUAGUACCUCUCAAAACGUAUUAUGAGCAAUUUGUAAUGUUGUCCAACCGUGUUAAAGUCUGUGACGCCCGUCGAAGUUAUUUCAAUUACUUCACAAAGCGUGUUGAAAAGAUUGAGGCCAAAAAGCCAGAAAAGCAAAAAGGUCUCGAUGUAGAGAAGGGUCACCUCCUCUUUUGGCGGCAAGAGUACUUCUAUCUCCGUGAUGAGUUAAUUGCAGACAUAACCAAGUUAUUGAGUGACUCUGAAAAUGUGAUGGUGCCGAUUAUUAGAGUCUGCAUAAACCACAUUAUGAACUUAUUUGGUUCCUUCAAAGAGUGUUGUUUCAAGCUUGGGGAAUUUGCUAAUGAAAUUCCGUCUACUGCCGCUUGUGUGAACUACGUUGUGCAAGCGUACUCCGACUCAUUCGAAAAGGAACAGAACGUCCAAAAACGACGAGAGGCUGAAAUGCCAUCACAACCUCCACAGAAAAUUGAAGAACAUCUUCCCCCAACACAGCCUGAAAAAGAAGACAUUUCAAACGACGAAGAUCAGAAAAAAGAAGAUGACGAAGUCCCUGUUGUAGAUAAGGAAGUUGAACCAGAGGAAAAGGGUGCAUCAACCAAAGAAGUUGAAGUUGAUCACAAAAAAGAACCAAAAGAAGUAUCAAAAGCAGUAAAAAGUGUUCAAGUGAUCAAAGAUUAUGACGCACAAAAUGAAGCAGAACUUACACUUCGUGUGGGUGACACGUUUGAUGUCACAGACUGGUCAGACGACGAAUUUUGGGUUGGGACACUUGGCGGGAAAACAGGUAAAUUCCCACAGAAUUGCAUCAUGGCGUUCAAUUAA